AGGUACGGUUCUCAGGCCACACAGCUGUGUUGUCCUGAAAAAGCUUCGAAAAAUCGUACUUUUACGUGUGAAUAUGCAUGUGUGUGAAGGGUUGACGGACUCUUUUGUAACCGUGUAAUCACUAUUAGAUCGUCGAAGUGCGCACAAAAAAGAAUUUCGUGAAAUCCGAGCAUAAAAAAUGUAGUAAAGCUUCGUUUCGAUACGCGUGAUAAGGCAAUUUUCCGUACAAAAUUCUCUAGGCUGAGGUAAUGUUUACCUGAUUAACCUUUUUUUCCAAAUCUCGUCUCCGCGAUCGCGACCUAACAUUGAAAAUUGUGAUGCUAAUCAAGACGAACUAAGAUGCCACCAAAUGCAUCCUAACGCGUUACCGAUAAAAUGCCAUUAGCUCGAGGAUUGAUGAACUCUAGUUCCAGCGCCUCUGCUUCAUCAUCCUCCAGCAGAUACUAUCUAUCAUCUCGCGAUUCAGGUGACUCAGGCUCGGGUCAUCUUCCUUUACUUCGUAAUACUCAGAGCGCGGACGACGUAUAUGAAGCCCACAACAUAAAUUUCUCGGAUUCUAGUUGUUCCAGCGAUAGACGUAUCAGAAGUGAGACACUGCCGUUGAUAGAAGAUUCCAACGAAAGUACGAUGAGUUUAAUCGAAACUUGUAUCAAACCUGUGCCAGCUACACCAGAUCAUAUAGUCAAACUGUACGGUGAUAAGCUAACGAAAUACGAAUUAACUGAAAUAUUUUCAUACCCGGAGGUAUAUUUUAUCGGCGCUGAUGCCAAGAAACGUAAACCUAUGCUGGGCUCAAAUAAUUGUAAUUUCGAUAGCGACCAAGGUACUUAUAUUCACGUUCCUCACGAUCAUAUAGCUUACAGAUACGAAGUGAUCAAAGUUAUAGGCAAAGGUAGCUUUGGACAAGUUAUCAAAGCGUAUGAUCAUAAAAAUUCCGAACACGUAGCCUUAAAAAUGGUCCGAAAUGAGAAACGAUUCCAUAGGCAAGCGACCGAAGAAGUUAGAAUACUAGAAGUGCUACGUAAAAAGGAUAAAGAUAAUACGAUGAAUGUCAUCCACAUGUACGAUCACUUCACGUUCAGAAAACAUAUGUGUAUAACUUUCGAACUCUUGUCAAUUAAUCUGUACGAAUUGAUCAAGAAAAAUAAAUUCCAAGGUUUCAGUUUACAAUUAGUUAGAAAAUUUUGUCAUUCGUUGCUGCAAUGUUUAGACGGUUUAUACGCCAAUAAAAUAAUUCAUUGUGAUCUAAAACCGGAGAAUAUUCUACUUAAGCAACACGGUCGAAGUAGUAUAAAGGUAAUCGAUUUCGGAUCGAGUUGCUACGAGGAUGAAUGCCUGUAUACGUACAUUCAAUCGAGAUUCUACCGCGCACCGGAAGUAAUAAUGGGUCUAGCAUACGACAUGGCUAUCGAUAUGUGGAGUUUAGGAUGUAUACUAUGCGAGCUCUAUACCGGAUUUCCGUUAUUACCUGGCGAAGACGAAAACGACCAAUUCGCCUGCAUCGUCGAAUUACUCGGAAUGCCUCCGAAAAACGUCAUAAAUGCAGGUAAACGCUCUAAGCAUUUCAUUAGCUCCAAAGGAUACCCACGUUACUGCGAAGCGGUAACUCUACCGGACGGUACGAUCGCCUUGACCGGAGGCACGUCGCGUCGAGGCAAACCUCGAGGACCUCCCGGCUCUCGUCAGCUGAAAUCGGCGCUGAAAAACUGCGACGAUCAUCUGUUUUUGGAUUUCAUCAGAGGAUGUCUGGAGUGGAACUCGGAGAUACGUAUGAAACCCGCGGAAGCGCUGAGGCAUCCUUGGCUGAGACGUCGCCUACCUCGACCUCCGUUACAUGAAAGACACAGCAGUCAUUCUACACGUACCAGCAGUUGUUCUUCGUAUUCAGAGUCGCAGCCUUCGUCGUCGCAUUCGCAUCACGCGACUACCUACCGAUGCUGCAAACUUCCGCAAAUUUCGUCCAUUAUGUAGACGAACGAAAGGAGGUGUUUUUUUUUUUUAGAUGACCAAACUGCUGCGCCUCAUCGCCAUCCCUUUUUUAUCGUAUCGUCCUCGUCGUCGUGUACCGCCAGCUGCGCGUCUCAGUAUUACCAAUUUUUAAUUACCAUUUCGUUUUUUUUUCUUUUUUGUAAUAUUAUAAUUUUGUACGAUUUUUGCAUCUCCGUCGAUCUGCCCCCGCGCUCGCCCCUUCUCCCCAUGUUGAAAAUUUUCAUUAUUAUUACGAUUAUAACGCAAGCAUUUAUUUACGAACCUGCCUUUCUUUCUCUCUCUCUCUUUCAAUGCUUUUCGAAGCUAGCUCACGUUAUACAUCUAGUCACUAUACUUUGUUUUUUUUUUCGUACUGCCAUUUAUUUUCCCCCUCCCCUUUCUCAGUCCCCUGUCGCUUUAAGCAUUUCAGACGAUGUCUGGCUGGGCUUAAAAAAUUACCUGCCUACGAAACGGAUCCAUGUUUACACGCUGCUUUGAAGUAAUAAUUUGUAAUGCACUUUGUGAUCUCGAUUACCCUUGCCCAAGCUCUCCUCCUCCUCCCACUCCCCCUCCCCUCGCCUUUCCCUCACAAGCCAAUACGAGUGACAAUUCUUCACACUUUCUGUGUUUUUUGCCCGGCGCUUUUUUUUCUCUUUGUAAAUAUUGUUUUUUUUUGGUAUUAAAAAAAAAUCACAAAAAUAUUACGUACUGAAAAAAGAAAAGAAAAAAAUUGUGUUCGUAUUAGCUUUUUAAUUUAGUGUGUAUUUUUUAAACGUUUUUAUUUUCAUUAUUGUAUUUUUUAGGCUGACACAGCGAUAACGAUGAGGAAACGAUCCCCCUCGGAGAUGAAAAAAUACUGUGAAUUUUUUAUAUUGUGAUUUUUAUAUUCGUCGUUGCGAUGAUUUUUGACACCCGUUUAUCGACCUCCCUACCUCCCCCGACCACGACCACGAAAUUAUAGUUCCUACCUAAAUCGACUCGAUCGUUCGAUGAAGGUUUCGAAUAAAUUUAUACUCACGAAUUCACAUCCCUCUUUGCCCCUUUUCCGCUCCAAUUUCGCUUUUACAUACACUUUCAUUCAAUCGAAUUUUGAUUUCAUUCGUAUAAGUUGAUAUAAAUACGCCGCGUGUUAUUAUUAUUAUUCUUAUUACAAUUUUUUUUUUUUUACGAACGAGUCAAGAUAAUAUAUUUUUAUUGUAGUUAUGUCGUCGAAAUACUGCCAUUUUUAAAUUUAACGUAUAUGAUAUGUGUACCUAUAUGUGUGUUUUUUCUCGUGCGUUUUAUGAUUGUAUUUUUUCUUUUUCUUUCUUUCGUCGUAGAUAGAAAAAUUUGUUAUAUUGUUCGUUUUUCGUCGUCGUGUUAAUGUAAUUUUUAAAAUUCAACGUACGCAUUUAUUCGUGAUGAAAUGUACGGUCAUUUUAUUACCUAACGUAUUAUUCGGGUGUAUUAUUUUUCUUGAUAAUUCUACGUAUUUUUCGUUCUACUUUUUCUUUCGUGUAUAUUGGGAAAAAUUCAUUAAACGAUACGACGACGUCCGUGACCGAAUAUUUUCAAAAACGCGGGGAUAUUUUCACCUCAUGUCGAAACUGCGAGACACCUUUUGAAAAAUAUUAUUGUUGAAAAAUUACCUGUCAACGUGAUCCGACCAGCCGGUUUUGAUUACUUGCAAUAUUGCGGUCUAGAAAAAUACGAGAGGGACGAAUACAGAGGGAAGAAUUUUUUUUCUCGUACUUGUAUACCGAACCUACGCCUUUUUUGCUGAAAUGUACCUGUACCUACCUCUCGUCUUCGGUUCGUUUUUUUUCACCACAAGUUACCGACCUUGCGACCUUUUCACAUCGUGCUAAAACAAACCUUCUUUAGGUAAUCACCUUCGAAAAAAAUCGUCAAAGACACGUGAAUGAAAAUAGGAGGGAUGAAGGCGAUGAAAAAAGUAAAAGUGAUGGGAAUUGCGCUACGUUUUGAAAUAUUUACUCCCUUAAGAAGGAUAAGUGUUUGACAUUUGACUCAUGUAAACAAGCUUUGGUUGGAAAAUGAUGAGGAUUUUUUCCCUAGUGAAUUUUUCCAAAAGAGUUGGAGAUGUGUGCAGAAGAAAUUGUAAAAGUGAAUUUUUUUACGCGAGAGUUCGUUUUCAGUAGGUACUUGAAAUUUUAUCUGUAUUUUUUGAGGGGAAAACGAGUCAAUAACUUCAAAAAAUUUAUAAUUGAAUAGAAAAAAUUCCAAAAUAUAAAUUGCGAUUUGAAAUUUUUCAUUUUUAAAUUCGAAAUGACAGAUUAAAGUUUUUUAAAACAAAUUCCAUUUUUUUUAAUUUUUAAAAAAAUCCCUUCGAAAAUUUUUCUUAAAUUGGGAAUUACGUUUACAAAUAUUGAAAAGAGUCUCUCCUGCCCCCUCAUAAUUGCAGAAGAGGAAAUAUGCAUCUUCUUGUGAGGAAAAAUUAAUUAAAUUGGUAAUCAAUUUUUUCUAAAUCAGUUGGAAUGUUCUGAUUUUUGAAAAUUUACUCAUUUUAUCCAAAGUUUCGCUUCUCAAAAUUAGUUUUUUGUUUUUCUCUUCAUUUUUUUCCCUUGUGAACCAGAAAAUAUGAGGUCUCCCUCUUCUUCUUAGCUUUGUUUUCGAAUAAUAAUCAGCGAUCAAGGUUCAAAAUCAUAAUUCAUAUCUUCAAUCGGUCUGAGAUUCUUCUCUUCUUUCAUAAACUCAUCGUGUUUUUUUUUCAAUAAUAUUUUUUUCCGGGUAAUGUAAUCCUAAAAAUAAAAACAAUGAAAUUUGAAACUUUCAUAACCUGAAGUAGUAUUUCAUUCUCUCCGUUUUCAGUGACACUUUUGUGGCUUGUUUGUGUUUUUUGACCUAAAUAAUUGUUGUUUUAUUUCUUUGCUCGCUUUAAUAUUUUGCUGAUAAGAUGGUUGAAUGGAUUUUUGACUUUUUUUUUUUUUGGAAUGUAAUGAAUUCUUGCAGGGAUUAAAACUGUUGAAAAAUGAAAACAAGAGAUCGACAAAUUUCAAGCUAACCUCUUCGCAAAAUGAAUCAAAUGAUUGAAUUGAUGAACAUUUUCAAUUUUUUUUUAAAAACAAGAAACCAAAACGAUGGUUCACCUUUUUGUGAUUUCGAUAGCCAUUUUUUACAUUUCUGACCAACUUUUUCGAGAAGAGAAUUUUUUUUUUAAUAUUGGAAAUACCCCCAAAAAUACAAAUAUUGAUAUUUUUCAAUUUUUAUUGAUUCGAAAUUGGAUAUUUUUGUAAAUAAAUGACUGACUGAAAUCAAAUCAAAUCAAACCAAAUCAGUGUUGAAUCUUGAAUCAUGAAAAUGUAUGUCAAAUGAUUCCUAAAAGUCGAGACAAAUGUUUGAGCUCAUUCAGUUAUGAUCAUCUUUUCUCACCCUUUCUCCCCCUCCUCUUGAAAAAAUCCAAGUUUCAAGAUUUCAAACUCUCAAAAUUGACAAAAAAAAUCGGUUCAAAAUCCAAUAGAAUUUUCAUCAUUCUUUUUUCACUUUUCCUCUUUUUUUUGGAGUGAACAUGAGAUACAUUUUUUGAUUAUAAUGAACCCCAUAAAUUCAUUUUGAGGUAUCUGAUAGAUCUUACAGGUCCAGUGGUGCUGAAAAUCAAAAAAUAUUUUAAAAACCCUGUAUUUGGUUGAAAAAUAUGUCUGCAUAUUAUAAUAACUAAAAAAUUUGAGAAGCAGUAUGCUUAAAGUUUGCAGAAAUUUUGGAAAAUAUUUCCAAAAAUCUUGCGUUUUGAUUUAAGAAUUUUGUUGCACAUCCUGACUUAUUUAAUUUUGAAAAAAAAAAUUAUUUUGAGCAAUUUUAAGCUUUUGGAAGGGUCUAAAGUAUCGACUUGAGUACCUCGAGCUUUUAUGACAUUUUUUCAAAAUUACUCUCAGCAAUUUAUAAAUGCCAGACUUUCUUUCAUUUUGAAAAAACGAAUCCUCUGUACUUGUUUAAUUUGAAAAAAUGUGAAUUUUUCAUCAAUCUAAUGUUGAAAGUGAGGAAAAAAUGUUUUUGAAAAAAGUCCAAUGAAUCCAGUUUUGGAAUUAAGUGAAAAUUUAUCAGUUUUUUCUGUAGAAGUGAACUUCACAGCUCUUUUUUGAAUUAUAAAAUCAGAAUAAUUUUCUCAUUUUUGAGGUAAAUGAGAAGGGAGGGGGAGGGGAAAUAACUCGCAGAAUACCUUGCAAAAAUUCUAAAAAAAUAUGGCUCGUAUUGUGACCUAAAAAUGUUGCUCAACAGUUUGUUUCAACACCUCCAUUUUCACGGAAUUUUUACCAACAAAAUCGAGUAUGGUCAAGAACGAAUAUAGGUCAAUUCUGUUUUUUAAAAAAAGGCAAGCAUUAAAUAGCUCUUCGUUUACCUACAUAUUUUUCGUUUAUUUUUAUGAACAGUGGGCAAAAAAAAAUCUACUCAAAGUAGAAAAUGGAAAUCGAAAAAACCUAAAAAGAGCAACUCGUCGAAAUACAAAUACGAGUAUGAGAAUUUCGAUAAUACGCAUUUCGUUUCGUAAAAAUUCGACGCUAAAUGACGUAAAAAAAAACCUACAACUUGAACGAGACUCAGCCUUUGCAAUAUCAUAUCGUUUUCAAAAGACUUAAAUUUUACUAUGCCUACUUUGUACGCUGAAUUAAAAGCUCGAUGAAAAUAAAAGCCAACCUAAAGCUGUGCAGAGAGGGGAGACUUUGACGUGUACGUAUAUUUUUCCAUCUCGUCGACUAUAGGUAGAUAGGUAGGUAAGGUAAGGUGUCCUUAUACCUUUUUAAGUAUUUCGUUGUUAGCAAAAAGAGAACGUCGUCGUCGUAUUUGGGAUGAAAAAUUUCGCGGUGAAAUUCUCCUCUCCCUUUGUAUUUUUCUCCGCCCACCGAAUCGUCGAGAAAAAGAGAAAACUCAGGGUAACUUCACGUGGUAGUUGAAAAUUUAUACCUGUCCCCUUGACUUCCUAUCUCAGGUCACGGUUACCUUCGUCUCGCGAAAUCCCAGCCCCAGCCUCAGCCCUCAAUGCUGGCCCAGCUCUUCUCAUGCACGAAACGUCGCUCGUCGUCAGCAUCCUCGUGUUUGUGAAAAUUUCGUCUACCUCGCUCGCGACGAACGCGAGACUCGUGAAAAUGAACGAGAAAAACACUCAUUGGCGCGCAAUUUUCACCUCCUAGAAUAUCAGUAACCGGAGAAGAAGAAAAAAAAGCGCAAUCUUUUCUCUUCUGCUUGGCACCUCGUCGUACUCGUAAUUUUCGACACGUUUUAUUAUAAGUUAAACUAGGUAGACUAAAUCGUAUCACGCAACAGAGUAUUUAACGUCGAAUUUGAUGGACCAGGAGGGUUAAGGGAGUGAGGUAAGAGGGUAUUAAAAUUAAAUUUUUAUUUCUUUUUGUUUUUUCAACGUAUCGAGAAAAAUUUCACCUAUACAAGGGAUAGAUAAACGUUGGAGAAAAUAAGAUGGCGUCGGUCGGUAGUCGGGACGAUACCUAUUACAGGCAGGGUAACGAGCUCAAAAGACGAGGCAAGGUACAGGUUAUCGAUUCGGUUACGUAUAGUCGUCGUUGUCGUAUUCUCUCGGUUUGUUUUUUUUUCAUUUUGAUUUUUUUUUACGUGUGUUGAAGCGUACGUAAGUCAGUUAUGUGACCAAAAUCGAAGCACACGAGCAACUGCCAAUUUAAAAUUAUUUAGGUAUCGUUUUUUGUCUCUAUUAUCACGCAUUUGAUCCCUUCGUUAUUGUGUGAGCCGCCUCUCAUGCAGCCAGUACUUUGCCCCAUUUUGCCCUUGAAAACACACACGUGAGAAUAUGUGAAUAUUAUUAAGUUGAAAAAAAUUUUCAUUUAGGUUAAAAACAAUGUGUACUAUUUUUUGUUUUAAUAAUGGUCUAUUUGUGUAUAUUUGAUUAUAUGUGAUAACGAUUUCUAGUAUUAGGAAGGCUUCUAUUGUAUUUUAUCUAGAUUCAAAAUAGCGUACAUUUAUCUCUAUACCCCCCAAUACCUUUCCCUGUCCCUAUUCCUUUUACGUAGUCUUCGUAAUGGUUUGUAGAAUUUAGAUACGCGUAUUAUUCUUAUUCGUAUUAUUAUUACCUAUGAUCUCUUUUUUAAUUACGUAUGUACGUAUAUUUGUAUCGAAAAAAAAAAAAUUGGAGAAAAAUACGAAAUUAUUUCGUAAGAAAAAUUUAUAUACUACGAUGCAAACAAAAUGAAAUUUGAUUUCAAAUUUUAUCAAAAUUAGCGAUAUUGUACGAGUCUAUAUCUAGGUAUUGAUUUUUUUUUUUUAGUGUUAAUUUAAAUGCAUACGAUUUAACGCACCCGGUUUGGUUACAUUAAUUUUUUGUUUUUGUUUGGCCGGUUUUUUUUAGCAACGAUAACAUUCAUUAUUUUUGUCAAUUUUGUUAUUUUUUAUUUUAUUUUUUUACGUAUUGAAAAAACUAUAUAGAAAACUUUCAACGAGUAAAUAAGAAAACGAACGACGCGUUAAAAAGUCUUGAAAAGAUGAAAAAAAAAAAAUCGGGCUAGGAAACCCUUGAUUCUCUCUGUGUGUUUAAAGGAUAAGGAAAUUUUUACAUAGUCCUCGUUCAUCUGUGAUAAAUUACUAUAAAUGUACGAACGUUUAAUGUUAUUAUUAUUAUUUUUUAUGUGGCGCUAGGCGCGGUUCUUUUUUUUUUCUCGGGCGACCGGAGGAAUAAACGAUGCAUUUUCAAAAUGAGAAAAUUUCGGUUUCACUUUGACCUUUACGCUGGUGACCUUGAAGCGUGAUUUUCGUGAUGCGUAGAAAUUAUCAAGUCUAUAAAAGCGUGUUAAAAAGGUAGAUUGUGCUACGUUGUCGCGAAUUAAAUUAGACGAUUAUUUAUUCAUUCGAAAACAAAAACCUCGUACAACGUAGGAGAAAUUUUAGCCCGAGAUACGUUUACCUAGCUAUUACCUAAGGGCUCGCUUUGUACGAGUAAAAAGAGAAGGAGGAGGAGGAAUAAGAUAGAUGUUUGAAAAUGCAUCGUUUAAGAAAGGGGUUUUCUUUUUUACCUACCUUUUUUUUUUUUGAGAUACGUGUUGAUUCGUUUUGAAAAUUCAAUUUAUUUGUGCGUUGGUAGUAGAUUUGGGUUUUUAGGUUGAGUUGUUUUUUUUUGUUUUAUUUUAUUUUUUGCUUUAGAAAGCAGCGAAGCAGAUAACGAGGUGUUGGAAGAUGGUUUAUGGUGUUUUGAGUUGUUUUUUUUUCUUUGUAGAGAUGGUUUAGCUGGGAAAUGUUUCGAUUUGUGGUUUUAAAUGAUUCUUUUUUUAUCGAAUGUGUAGAUAGGCGGUUAAAGUUAGAUAAGAUUAUAAUAAAAUAAGAUUUUGAUACAUCAAAAUCCCAGGUGUGCCCAAACUUUUGAACUGUUUGCAAAAUUUUUCGGAAAAUUGGAUCUAAAAUUGAAGAUACGGGUUUGGUAGCUCAGUUAGAAUGCUUCGAAAGUUUCAUUCCAAAGUUAGAAAUUUAAAAAUGCAACAAUUCCGACAGAUUUUUAUGUUUUUUAAUUUUUGAUUUCAAGUGACUAUUAAUGAAUUUGAUCAAUGUUCUCGAACGAAUCCAUCUAACGCAAGACGAAUUAUUAUUCGUGAACUACUUCAAUUUUUGGAACUUUCAAACUCGUUCGUAACAGGAGGUUUAUUUCGAAUCAGUUUGAUUGUUCAAUACGAACCGACUCAUUUGCGAACGACCUGUUUCACUUAUUCAAAUUUCAAAUCAUUCAACUGAGUCGUCAAAAAUGAUAAUUCUCCAGUUUUGUGUAAAUGAACGAAUCGUUUGCGAUUGUGAACCAUUUUACAAAUAAAGAUUAUCUAAGAAUUGAAUCGUUCGCGAACGACUUGUUGACAAUUGACAUUCAAAUUUCUAUAAAUGAUAAUUUUUGAAGCGAUAUAAAUUAAAUUUUACUCGCGAACGAUUUUUAUCCAAUAUGGAUCAGUUUUAUAAAAAAUGAACGAAUCAUUCGCGAACGACUUGUUCAAUAUUCGAAUCAUUUUGAACAAGAAAAAAGGACAGUUUAUCAAGGUAUGAAUUAUCUGAAUUUAGUCACGCACGUUUUUUCUAAAAAAAAGUGAAUUAGUUCUGUAUAAAAAUGAACAAAUCAUUCGCGAACGAACGACUUGUUCAAUUCGAAUUUCAGAUCAAAUUAAAAUUUAAAAAUUUUCAAAAUAGGUUUUAAGUUCUCAAUAUUUGGUUCACGAACAAUUCUUCUGAAAAAAUAAAUUUGUUACGUAUAAAUGAGCGAAUCAUUCGCGAACGACUCGUUUAAUUCAAAUUUGACAUUUGUAAUUUCAGAUUGAUUCUAAAAAAUUGAAAUUCAUCAAAAAAGGUUGAAUUUUGUUCUUGAACGAUUCUUCUGAAUAAUAAUUUAAUUCUGUUUGAAUGAACGGAUCGUUCACGAACGAAUUCAAAUUGGUUCAAAAAAAUCAAAAUUUGUCGAUUGAAAAUUUCUUUUUUUUCGUGAAUCAUUUGUUUAAGAAGUGAGUCAAAUUCUUGGAAAAGAGCGAAUCGCUCGCGAACGACUUGUUCAACAUUCAAAAUUCAAAUCAAUUCUAUAAAAUAAAAAUUGAUUUAAUCUCUUAUCUCUGUGAAUUAGAUUUUCUUUGCGAAUAAUUCGUCUCAUAAAUGAAUCACUUUUACAUAAAUGAACGAAUCAUUCGCAAACAAUUUGUUCAAUUCAAAUUUCAGAUUUAAAAAAAAUGCACUAAUCAUAAUAGGUUAAAUUUAGUUCGCGAACGAGUCGUUCAAGAAGUGAAUCAAAUUCAUAAAAAAGAACGAAUCGCUCAUGAACGAAUUCUUCAACAUUCAAAUCAGUUCUUUGUAAUGAAAACUCAUUAAAUGGAUACUUGGGAAUUAAAUUUUGUUCGCCAAUGAAUCAGUUUUGUAUACAAAUGAACAAAUCAUUCACGAACAACUUAUUCAAUUCAAAUUUCAAAAUUAAUUAUCAGAAAUAAAUGGUUUAUCAAAAUGGAUUAUAUUUUGGUCGCAAACGAUCCUUUUGAAAAAUGAAUUCAGUUUUGUGCAAAUGAACGAAUCGUUCGCGAACGACUUGUCCAACAUUGGAAUUUAAAAUAUUGAUUUUAAAAAAAAUCAGAAUUCUUUGAAUAAAAAAUAAUUUUUGAUCGUGAACUGUUUGUUUAAAAAAACGAAUCGUUUCAGAUGAAUGAACGAAUCAUUCGCGAACAACUUUGCUCAAAAAUCAGAAUCAUUUUUUUUUAAAUCAGUUUUUCCCUCAUAAAAAAUGAAUGAAUUAUUCGCGAACGAAUUAUUCCAUUCAAAUUACAAAUUGAUUCUAAAAAUUUAAAAUUCAUCGUUCACUAACAAUUUGUCUGAUAAAUGAAUCUUUCUCAUAAAAAAAUGAACGAAUCAUUUGCCAAACGACUUGUGCUUUAUGCAAAAUUCCAAUGUAAAAUUAGUUUUUGAAAAAAAUUAUACUUAAUCGUUCGUGAACGAUUCUAGUUGAAAAUGAAUCAGUUAGGUAUGUAUAAGUGAACAAAUCAUUCGCGAACGACUUAUUCAAUUCAAAUCACGAAUUCAUUUUAAAAAAUAAAAAAUCAUCGUCCGCCUUCAAUUCGUCUAGGAAUGUGUCUUACUCUUUUUCAUUAAAAAUAUAAACGAAUCAUUCGCGACCGACUUGUUUAUUGCUCAUACUUCGAAUUAAUUAAUUCAUCAAAUAAAUCUGGGUUUUGUUCGCGAACGAUUUUUCUAAAGAAUCAAAUUUGGUCUAAUAGAAUUGGGCGAACGAAUCUUUUGCAAACGAUUUGCUUUCAGAUAUGUUCCAAUAUUCCGUUUUUCCUGAAUCUAUGAUUAUUUUUAAAAAUUGGAAAAUUCGUUCGCGAAUGAUUCAUUUUUAAAAAAUUUCAAAUUUCGAGCUAUGAACAAGUCGGUCGCGAAUGUUUCGUUCAUUUUUUAUGGAAAAGAUACUUUCUUUAAACGAAUUGUUGAUUUACCAAUUUUUCUCACGUUAUUAGGUAUAGGUACUUAUUGUUCAAAAAUUUCUCAGUCACUUUUGGUCAAUUUUUUCCGAAAUAAAUGGUCUAUUUCGUUCAAUUUCAUUAAACAUAAUUUUCGAAUGUGCGAAUUCUUGCAAAAAAAAAUACUAUUUUCUUUUUUCAAACGAUUACUUUUAUUUUCAUAUUAUGUACAUAGGUACCUACUUAAUUCAUGUGAGAAGUCAUUAAAUCGCCAAAAUUUAUUGCGGAAAAAUUUGUACUCUCGAUUCGAUAUUCCAUCUCAAACUCUUACUCAUUUCGACGUUUCGUCUCCGAGAUAAUUGUUACUUAUUCGAAUUAAACGACUGUUACACGACUCGUGUUUGUUUAUAAAUUCCUCUCAAGUCCAAAUAUAUACAAUUACACAUUUACUUACUAACACGAAAAUUACGCAAGAAAAAGUAUAUGCACAUUCAUAAUAAGAGAACAUGUGUCGCGAUAAUGAAAGUACAUAUUUUACGCAUCGUCAACGUCUCUCGGUCUCUUUGACGUCAGUGUCAUUUUAACUCGAGUUAACGUGAAAUAUUUAUUAAAUUAAACUCAUUAAAGCGUUUUCACCUGGUAAACUUUGUUACCAUUUACGUGUAUUAAAUAGUAAAAUUUCACAUCGCGAGAUACCGAGGCUCAAAUUUACCUCGACUUGCUCUCCCUGCUCUCUCUGUAUAGCUUUUCUUAAAUAUUAGAUAUUUUGGAAUCGAUGCGGAGGAAAAUGGAAAAUGAAUAUUACACAUUUACACCGCCUUCACUGGUCUUCUCCUUUUUCAUACUUUUUCUCGCAAUCAAAAAUAUACUAAGAAUCAAAAUUCAGCUUCAAGCAGUUGCCUAUACAAUGAGUAGGUAUCUGUAAAUUUAACGAGGAAAAAUCUUACCCCGUAGAAUUUGGCCGCAUUAAAAGUCUACCAUAAUUUAGGUCAAAUAGUUCUUUACAUAGUAAAAUUCUCCGGGUAUUUAAACCCUUUGAUAGGUUGCCAAAAGAUAGCCAAUAAACCAUCCUCCUUCUUAUAAACACCGAGUUAAAAACUUCCGUUCGAGUCUUUCUUGAGAUUACUAUAUAGUAUCAAAUAUGUAUGUAUGUAAUUGCUCGUAUGGAAUCGGCUUAGGAUACAUUAUACGUGUUAUUGUGUGUAUUAUUUGUACAAAUGAAAAAAAAAUUGUUAUAUUAGAAUAUUUUUCUCCAUGUCAAUGUGUAGUACCUACAUUUUAGUUUGUAUACGUAAGGGAAUGAUUAGUGUGGUCGGUGAGAAUGAAAAGAAGAGGAUAAGUUACACGAGUUGUGUAUAUUUUUGUACUCGAUAGUGUUACCAUUGAAUGGUCACUAAUUUGUUCUUUCAUUAUGCGAGCAUUUGGCAGCGAAAUAGAGUAAUUAUUUUUACACGGUUUACGUGCGUAAGUAAGUACACCACAGAGUACCUAACUAUCUACCUACGUGUACUAUAAGUAAUUUGGUUGGGUAGGUUAGGUACUUUUCGACUCGUCGUAUGUAAUGUAUAGGUACGUCUCUACGUAUGGAGGUGCAUUGCAUACGUAAGUUACUAUAAAUGUGUGACGAAUAUUGUGCUAAUUGACUAGAAUAAUAUGUAAAUGGCUGCCGAUGCUGUGUUUAAUAUUAGUUACGUGUUACGAAUCUUUGUUCUCAUUAAAUUUUUAAGUGUGUAUUAAGAGUAUGUAUCGGUUUAAUGUGCACGGUUUGAUAUUUUCGCUUAUAAAAUUUUUGCUGUUUGUUACAGUGCUAUUCGCAUUUUUAAAAAGUAAACGUGUGUAAUUUUGA